CGAGUCUCCCGACUCCCGAGUAUAUUAUAACAUUAGAUACCGCUCGUAAAAUCUCUCAUUUAACGAUAACCAUCCAUGGCAACACCCCCAGCUUCUCUCCCACUCAAUAAACUACAAGACAAAGUCGCCAUCAUCACCGGCGGCGCGAGCGGCAUUGGCGAGGCCACGGCUCACUUAUUCGCCGAACACGGCGCACGCGCCAUCGUCAUCGCUGACAUCCAAGACGAACUAGGCCAAACCGUCGCGAACUCAAUCGGGCCCCACAAAUGCAAAUACUUCCACUGCGACGUCAGCGACGAAGCCCAAGUCCAGGCCCUGGUGGACUUCACGGCCCACACAUUCGGCCCCCUCGACAUCAUGUUCAGCAACGCGGGAAUCGUGAGUCACUCGGACCAGGACGUGCUCAGCCUCGACAUGCCGCAGCUCGACCGCGUCUUCGCCGUCAAUGUGCGCGGCAUGGCGGCGUGCGUAAAGCACGCCGCGCGCGCGAUGGUGGCGAGCCGAGUCAAGGGGAAGAUUGUGUGCACCGCAAGUAUCGCGGGGAAAACAGGGGGGAAAAAGAGGACUGAUUACUUCAUGUCCAAGCAUGCGGUGGUGGCGCUGGUGAAAUCGGCGAGUAAGCAGCUCGGGGAGUUCGGGAUCAGGGUGAAUUGUGUCUCGCCUUAUGCGAUCGCGACUCCGUUGAUGACGAAGCUGUAUAACAAGGGGAAGGAGGAGGUGGAGAAGAUAUACCAGCCGUUUACGAGCUUGAAAGAGGAGGCGCUCAAGGUCGCGGAUAUUGCGAAUGCGGUUUUGUUCUUGGUCUCGGAUGAUUCGGCUUUUGUUACCGGUCAUGACCUUAUUGUUGAUGGUGGAUUCAGCACCUAGCUGAAUUGUGUGUUGAUUUGAGUAAUAAAUUGUUUGUGGGAUUUAUUUUAGUUGUGUAAUUGAUAAUUGAAAGUGAAAAGUAAUAAAAUUUGGCAUGUGGUUGGGUA